AUGGACGCGGGUGACAUCAAAAAAGCCGUACUCAACAAGGGAAAACAGAUGACCAGCAUCGCUGCAGCAGCUGCCAAUGGCAACAACGGCAAGAAGAGGAGGAAGGGCACGGAUCUGAAGCCUAUCAUGACUAACGAAGGGCCGAUUUCUAUCGACUCCAUUGCCGUCAACGCAAACGCAGAAGGUGCUACGUUAUCGCGCUCAUCGUCGUCCUCGUCGGGCGAGGAAGUGGAGACCACUGCGGACGAAGAAGAUUCGGAAGAUUAUUGUAAGGGUGGUUACCACCCAGUCACGGUCGGGGAAACCUACAACAACGGCCGGUAUGUAGUCGUGCGUAAGCUCGGCUGGGGUCAUUUCUCGACGGUCUGGCUGUCGCGCGAUACGACAACCGGCAAACAUGUCGCCCUCAAGGUCGUGCGCUCCGCCGCCCACUACACCGAGACCGCGAUCGACGAGAUCAAGUUGCUUAACCGCAUCGUACUGGCCAAGCCGGAACACCCGGGCCGAAAACAUGUUGUUAGCUUGUUGGAUUCGUUCGAGCACAAAGGCCCGAACGGAGUGCAUGUCUGUAUGGUCUUCGAAGUGCUAGGUGAGAAUCUGCUGGGCUUGAUCAAGCGCUGGAACCACCGCGGCAUCCCCAUGCCCCUGGUCAAGCAGAUUACCAAGCAGGUCUUGCUAGGACUGGACUACCUGCACCGCGAAUGCGGCAUUAUCCACACAGAUCUCAAGCCGGAAAACGUCUUGAUUGAGAUCGGGGACGUCGAGCAGAUUGUUCAAACCUACGUUCAAGGCGAAGAGCAGAAGAAGGAAAAGGAAGACAACCGCAAUGGGCGCCGGCGACGACGGACACUUAUCACCGGCAGCCAGCCGUUGCCCAGUCCCCUUAACGCCAGCUUUAGCCAUCUCGAUUUUAAACACGCCUCGCAAAAUUCGCAUAGCAGUCUGAGUCAGAUGGUUUCCGAUUCCUCCCCAACAAAAGAAACCUUCUCGAUGAAAGAGCAACUGGGUAUCAAGGAGGAGGAUGAGAAACAGAAGCAACGGGAGAAGACCACUGACUUAUUAGAGCGAGAGGUCUCGGGCAUCUCACUUAACAAGAGCUCCAAAACUCCCAGCGAGGAACUGGAUUGCGAUAUUAUCUCCGUCAAAAUCGCCGAUCUCGGCAAUGCUUGUUGGGUCGGUCACCAUUUCACCAAUGACAUCCAAACAAGGCAGUAUCGCUCGCCUGAAGUCAUCCUGGGUGCCAAAUGGGGUGCUAGCACAGAUAUCUGGAGCAUGGCUUGCAUGGUAUACAUUUUUGCCCUUAUCCUUGCCCGAUUUGAAAAAAAGAGAGCCGUCUUUGAGUUGAUUACAGGAGACUACCUCUUCGAUCCCCAAUCUGGCACCAAGUACGGGAAAGACGACGACCAUAUCGCCCAAAUCAUCGAGUUACUGGGUCCCUUCCCUAAAACACUUUGUCUUUCUGGCAAGUGGUCCCAAGAGAUCUUCAACCGCAAGGGAGAGCUACGCAACAUCCACCGACUGCGUCACUGGGCUCUGCCCGAUGUCCUCCGCGAGAAGUAUCACUUCACAGUGGAGGAGAGCCGGCGCAUCAGCGCCUUCCUCCUCCCCAUGCUGGAGUUGCUCCCUGAACGGCGAGCCAACGCCGGUGGAAUGGCUUCCCACGAGUGGACGAAGGAUACGCCGGGCAUGGAAGGUAUUGACUUGGGGAUUGAGCCUGGGACUCGCGGGGAGACAAUCGAUGGGUGGGCCUCUGAGGUCAAAAGGCGAUGA